AUGUCAUUCGAUAAAAACAAUCGAGUCUCGCGAGACAGACAGCCGUCACCCUUCCGACGCGCCUCGAAAUUCGACCAUUACGAUAUACCUGCGAAGCUUCCGUCACCCCCUCAAGAAGAUGGUCCGCAUCCACGACACGCUAUUCGCCCAAGAUCUCUAGCCGAUGCGUAUCGAGACGCAUCAAAACACGCAAUGUCCACCACAUACGACGAAGAAUACAACUACACGACAAGCCCAAGCCCGCGAUCAAAGCGGCAACCGAUUAACGCGUUCUCGCCAAUAUCGCAGACUUCUCCUCCUCCUCCUCCUCCUCCUCCCAAAGAACUCGAAGAUGCAUAUAGACGAAUUGACGAAGAUGACGCUCUAGCCGAUCUCGUGCGCGAUUAUGACUGGGAGCCGCAGUACAGCGCACGCUCCGGAAGCCGAAGUCGGCCCUCGUCCUCCCGAGCAAAGGACACGAACAACGGCAGAGGAUCUACGAAUGGACGACCCUUUUCUGAUGCUAGUUUUAGAGAUGAACUCGGCGACCAUCGAGCACGCAAGAGCAGGGACUUCACCAAGGACGAAGAGCGCCUAAAGCGCGUCACGGGCCAACGCUCGCCGGUCUUCAGCAGGGCUCACGGACGGGAUCGGGAUGCCUUGACAGCGGAUAAUUUAAGGAGGCGAAUGGAAGAUAAGAUGGAGGCGGACCAUCCUGCGCCAGAGGCUGACAGGAACGGUCUCCCUUCGCCGAAUAUACCCACUGGUUGGGGUCAUCGCGCAUAUCACCGACAAGAAUGGGAGAGAAAGCCCACCCAGCGUAGUGUCUCUGCAGAAGAAGAGGAAAAAGCGCGUCGCCGCUGGUCGCCAACUAUCACGGAGGAAACCCGAGAACCCAGGCCUACACGUGCCUCUCCUGUUUCUCCGGCGCGGAGCACACUUUCUGCUAGAAGUGCUCUUGAAGAACGCUCUGCCAAUCCGCAUAUGCACGCAACGCAGGAGGACUUUGGGGAAGCGCGGUCUGGCCCAAAGCUGAUCUCACCGACUAGUGGCGGCGAGCCAAUUCCCAAUUCCCCUAUCACAGUAUUCAAAAACUCGUCAUUCGUGAGGCCCAGCCCAAGCAAGCGUGACUCUAGGGAUCUACUACGCAAACUUUCCAGGACUGAAAAUCCAAAAAUUGAUCAUGUCCAAACCCCAGAGCCAGUCAAACUGUUUGAAAGCAGAAUUUAUGACAAAACCCCUCGGGUAACAGGCGCGUGGAUCGAUACUCCUAUGACCCAGCGGGUGGCUGAGAAGGUCGAGCUUCCCGAAGACCUGACGAAAGACAUCAUUCUCCCACGCGUGACGGAUGCAUCCAAGGUCAUUGCACCCCCUACAAAACCAACGGAUAUCAAAUCGAAAGCCGAGGAAUCGAAGCCCGCGCAGAUUACCGAGAAAGAGCCCCUCGCUGAACCACUUGCUGGGGAGUCAAGGCCCCCAUUGACGCGACCUCAUCGACCCAAAAGUGCCUUGGAGACGGUCAUUGAGGAUGCCAGCUCCGGCAAGGACGUCGAGUUCGGAGACAAUACCAUCGAGUCCCUGCAAGCAUUUAUGGACGCCGGGCCAGGCGAAACCAAAAUCGAGGAAGAUGACGAGGCUUACGAAAAGGCCGUCCUCGCGCAGCUCGAAAAUGCCAGUUCAAAAGGAAAUGACGUGGUCAACUUGGAUUCAUUGAAUGUCAAGCUCAACUCUCUAAUGAGACAUAUCGAUGAAGUCAAGAAAGGGCUUGAUGGCCUGGAAGGUCACGUUACGCGAGACGCUGCAAUUGUGUCGCAAGCAAAGUCUUCAACCAAAAAGAAGCCUCAGCCAUCACACUUGCACACAGAUGAAUCCUGCAAAGGCUGUAGCACGCACUCUGAUGGACGAGUCUACGCCGCGAUACCUCUUCCUCGGCUGUGGAACCGGAGCCCGCGAUCCCAACGCCUCCGGCCCACGAAGCUCGGCUGCUUCAUCAUCGUCUCACUCUCGUGGUAUAUCAUCGAAUGUCUGAUGUGGGACCAGUAUAGUCAUCCCGAGAUAUCCGAAAGCUGCGAAGGCUACUGCCUGCAGCCUGAUGCGCCUCUAUACCCCUGGGUAACUGUCACAAUGUUGUGGCGCUGGUCACAUCUAUCAACUAUUUUCACGCCAAUUUUCGCUAUCUGUAUUGCUUUCUCUCGGCUUGCGGCGCAAUUAAUUGGUCUUUGGGAUGGCUACGUGGAUGACGCGCCGGAGCUUGGAAAUAUCAUUGGCGAAAUCCGUAUCAACGGAACGCCAGUUGCCUUCCCUUGGCUGUCAGCACCUACAGCUGAAAGCAUUGCGCCUCAACCACAGCAGGUCCAGUGUACACAGCCUGUGCAACCAGUACAGCCUGUCUGGUCAGCUUACCCUCCGCCCCCGCAGACGUGGGACGUUGACCGGCUGUUGGGGGAGGAUGCAAUGGACGAUGAUGAAUAUCUUUAG